AGUUCACUUCAGUUGGACUAUUUGGUGACAGAGUGUAUACCUACAUUCAACUCUACGUCGUGUGCGUUGCAGAAUAGCAAAAAUAUAUUAUUCUCUUUUAACUCCAGUUGCAAAACAACAUACACCAUUUUUUCAGACGGUCACGGUGUUCCAGAUGCAUUUUAGAUUAAUGUUGUUUCCGUGUUUUCGCAUAGUUUAGUGCUGUGGAUGUGAAAGUUGCAAAAAAGUGUCUGUUGAUUGUUUUGCUUUUAAAUCUACCUGAUUGGGAAUCGGUCAUAAAUGUUGUUGUGAGGAGACUAUUCGCGGAAAUUUCAGUGUUGAGUCUUGUUUUCAAAUCUGUUUUAGCUACAUCCGCCGGCUCAGGAUGCCGAUCCUGUACAGCGUGAUCACCCGCGGACCGACGGUGCUGGCCAAGUAUGCGGAGUGUGUGGGAAACUUUGCCGAGGUGACGGAGCAGAUCAUACCGAAGAUCAAACUGGACGACCACAAGCUGACCUAUUCGCAUGGAAACUACCUGAUUCACUACAUCUGCGAGAACCGGAUCAUCUACAUGUGCAUUACGGAUGAUGGCUUCGAGCGAUCCCGCGCCUUCCUGUUCCUGACGGAAAUCAAGAAAAAGUUCAUUCAAACCUAUGGCCUGACGGUGGCGACGGCUAUCGCGUACGCAAUGAACACCGAGUUCUCCCGCACCUUAGCCCUCGAAAUGAAGCAUUACAGUGAAUCCCGUGACAUUGACGCCAUCAGCCAGGUACACGGUCAGAUCGACGAGUUGAAGGAUAUCAUGGUGAAAAACAUCGAGAAUAUCACAAACCGAGGCGAACGGUUGGAGCUGCUGGUUAAUCAGACGGAGAACUUGAGAAACAAUUCUGUUGCAUUCCGACAAACAUCUCGUAACCUGGCACGAACCAUGUUCUGGCGCAGCGUCCGGAUGUACUGUUUGAUUGCGGCCAUUUUACUGUUCGUAGUAUACAUUGUGAUCAGCAUGGCCUGCGGUGGAUUACUUUGGCAGAGUUGUGUGCGCUCUGGCAAUACUAAUGCACCAGUGACUUCGGCUCCUCCACCAUAGCCGUUUGGAUUGUAGACGCUGUAUCCAGUCUCGAGAUCGAUAAUGGGGUAUGGUUGGACCGGUUUAUUACUCAAGUCCCUGAACGGAUUCCGGGACUCGAAAGCUGGGUAAAGGGAUCUACUAUGUAAGAAAAAAAACGAUUUUUUUGUUCAGGACUGAUGUGAUACUAUCCAUGCAACAGAAUCAAAUAAACCCGUAAACGGUAAACAUUUUAUAGAUUGACUCCAUCGUUUUAGCAUUGAGAAAUGUUUACGAGCAAAAUUAGACUACUAGGCAAUAAGUACAUAUUUGCGUUCUUUUUCAACAGAAACUGGAUACCGAAACGGACGCCGUAAAUCUUCAAAUUUGUUUCUACUGUCAUUUAAUCUAUAUAUUGAAAUAUACGUAUUAAUAGACGAAACGUUAUCUGAUAAUAAAUAGAAACUUGAA